AUGUUUAAAGACUUAGGAUAUUAAUUGUUAAUUAAAUGGAAACUUUGGAAAGUAUUAGUUGUAAUAUUUCCAUUCACAUUUAUUUAUGGGAUAUACUUACUAUUUGUUAUAUCUGAUAAUGCAGAUCGUAAUUCAUUUGAUGGAAGUCAAUUAAUUCAUGCAGAGGUCAAUAAUUAAUUAGCUUAAACUUUAAGUUUAGCAGCUGAAUAAUAUAUGAAAGAUUUUAGUAAAACGAAUGAUAUACAUUCAUUAAUGAUUGAAAAAAUGAAUAAUUUGGGAUUAGAAACAUUUUAAUAAGAUAAAUACAAAAAUGUAAUUGCAAAAUUGAAAGCACCAAGAAGUCCAGAUUAUGAAUGCAAUUUAAUAUCAUUUGAAUAUAAUGAUGAAUCUCCUCAUACUAAAAUUAGAAAUAUUGCAUACGUGUUAGCACUUAUAAAACUUUAUUAAUCAAAUUGUAUUAAAAUAUAUUAAUAUUGUUUAGAAAUAUAUUAUUUAUCAAGAGAUCUAAUUAUUGUUGGAUAUCAUUCAAAAUACAAAAAAUAUGGUUAGGGUAUUACAGCAUUUUUAGAAGAAUAUAUAAAUCCUAAUGGAAUUUCAUUUAUGCCCAGAUCUGGAACAAUUAGAUCAUCAUUCAAUGUAAAUCUUGAUGAUAAAUUUGAUUCAGUAGCAUUGAAAGUAUAUGGAUUGAAUGGUAAAGUUUCAGAUAGAGAUUAUUACAAUAGUAUAAAUAUGAUUAUGGACAAACAAAAUUUUUAAUAUUAAUUUACAGAAAAUAAUUAUUCUUGGAUGCAGUAGAUUGAAAAAUAUUUAGAAAAAUAAAUAAAAAUAUAUUGGAAAUUAUUAUAAUUGGAUUCAAUUUAUUAAUUACCUUCUAAAAGAUUAUUAUAUAUUGAUCCAUAUUUUUCAAAUUAAAUUGAAAUGCUUUAAGGUGAUCUACAUGAUGCUCAUUCAUAUAUUAUGAAAUAUGGAAUUUAUUCAUUAACAUUUAGAGGAUAUAAUACUUAAAAUAAAGAUGAUUCAACUUUGUUAACAAAUAAAUUAUUAUUAGUAGGUGAAGCAAGUUUAAAAGCAUUAAUGGCUAAUGAUGAAUUUAUUCAUUCAGGAUCAACUCUAUAUACACCAUUAACUAGAAGUCAUACACUUACAAUUUAGAAUUAUUGUUUACCAUAUGUACUUGUAAUAUUAAGUUGUGCUAUUUUUGCAAUUAAAUCUGUUUAUAGUAGAUGGCAUUUUAAUUUAUAUAAUGAUGAUAAAAAAGAAUUAGGUAGAUGCAAUUCAAUGAUUGCUCAUAAAACUAUACUAGAAAUUUUUAUGGGUUUUACCUUAUGUUUUAUACCUAAUAUUAUAAAUUAUUUAGAUAAUCAAUAAUAUGAAUAUUUUGAUUAAUUUUUUGCAAUAAUGUUUGUUAUUAUUGUAAGUUAUAUGGCAAUUAUAUAUACAUCUAGAAAAUGGAUAUUUGGAUAAUUUAUAUUACCUAGAAAAGAAAGUGUAAUUGAAUGGUUAUGGGUAGAGUUAGUAAUAUAAAUCUGUUUCGUUAUGAUGUAUGCAGGUAUAGUCUAAAUACCAAUUGCCAGUUUUAUUGCAAUAUUCUUAGGACCUUGGUUUUUCUUUAUUUAACCUUUGAGAUUUAAACGUAUUUUUAUUCAUUAUUAUAGCUAAUUUCAAAUUGUGGGAUAUUUUUUCAUACCUCAUGAAUAUAUUAUUCUUAUAUGGAUAUUAUUAAAUAUUGUCAUAUUUUGGAUUUGAUUCCAUUUUGGCAUUUUAUAAAUAGGUGGUCAUCAAUUACAAUCAUGUUGGAGUUUAUUUAUUUUAUUAUUUGACUGGUGCAUUUAUUCCAUCAUUAAUAAGAUUUGCUGAGUUAUUAUUAUUUUGA